AUGAUCAGAGUUAUCGAGAGACUUCAAGAAGAAUGUGAUAAGCAGUGUCGAAUUAUUUUAGAUACUUUUCGUGAUGAAAGACAAAUCCAUCGAAAGGUUGCUGAUAUAAAAAUAUAUAACACGUCGAAAAAACCAAUUGGCCCUCAACGUUCUGGACAACCCCGAGAAAUUGAUAAUGUACCCGAUCCUAGGGAACUUGAUGUUGUAUUGACUGAGUUGGCAAUGAUUAGUGCAAGAACUCACUUGUAUUAUCGAUUUAUUGAAGCAAGAGCAAAUUCAGAAGUUGAAGCUACGAAAGCAAGUAGAGAAGCCGAUGUAUCAUUAAUUGAAAAAGACGGGAAUGAUUAUGAUCCAACGAGUAUAACGAGGAAUAGUGAAUUAUAUAAACAAGUUAAAUCGUUGAUGGCCGAUUUUCUUGUCAUGGAGGAAUAUUUUUUUAGAAAAGCAAUUGAAAAAGCCAUGAUAAUUGACGAUUAUGAUGAAGGUAGCAUAACUUCAAGUUGUGUUGGCGAUGUUUUUUAUAUUCUCAAGGAAUGUCUUACUCGAGCGCUGUCUACCUCAGAUUUGGAGUGUUUGACUUCUAUGGUUAAUCUUGUAAAUCAAAGUUUAGAAUUUGAUUAUAUUACAUUGUUUCAGAAAAGGCUUGUAACGGCUUUUGCCACUCCUGAACCAAAAGAUGCUAAAACCGGUUAUAUGAUACUGUUAAAUAAUUUGGAUGUAAGCUGUGAUUAUAUGCAACGUCUCACGACGGAGUUAAUGACGUUACCUUCAUUCAGUGACGAUAGCAAAGACAAGCAACUGUUUACACAAAUGGUAAAACCAAGAAUUCGCCCAAUUUUGCAAGAUGCUUAUAAAGAUAUUAAAUAUGUUCUUAGCGAAGAUGAAUAUCAUGAACAAGAAUCGAACGAUAAUAACAAUUAUAAUCAAUUAAUGAUGCAUAUCUUAGAAUCAGUUACUAAUAUGCUAGAAAAAACUGUUUUCGGCACCAAGUUCAACCAGUAUGGUGCUCUCAGAUUUGACAAAGAUUUAAGGGCUGUAAACAACUAUUUUUCCACAAAAAUGCGAUGGGUAUUUAGAGAUAAAAUGACAAGAUUAAACCAAAUUUCAACAUUAUUGAAUUUGGAAAGUGUAAGUUAUAUUAGUGAGAUCAAUAUUACUAUUAUUUACUUGAAUAGUUUUACAGGUUUAAAGCACAAAUUAAUUUGUCAAGAGAUUUCAUGCUUUGAAGUUUAUACCUAUCAACUUAUAAGUGUUAAUUACAUCUGUCAAUAUAUUACAAUUGGAAUAAUUAAUAGUUAUCAGAAAUUUAUGACUACUGGGGAAGUGCUACAAAAGCUACAAGCCCUAUUACUUGGAGGCUAA